UCAUUCACUAUCUUAAGAUGGCAUCCUUCGAACCAAUGUCGCCUGACCUGGUAGCGCACAUCAAGUAUUGCUACCAGGCCUACCGUCAUACCGCAGACCUCGACAGGAAGGGCCUGUUCUUCUCCCCGACAUGUCUGCAGAUAUGCCGACCUACACCCUCCUACGCGGCUACCACGAGGGACCAAAUAGUGCAAUAUCUCAAGGAUGCGCAGGAAGGAAAUGUGCCCGUAGAAACACCCCUUUCCUCUGCUACGGAAAUCUUAGACAUAUCGGAAACCCAUGAACAACGGGAGUCCAGAACGAAGGCAAAGAGUCGAGGCGUAUACACUAUCCGCCCUCUACAACCUUCAGAGUACGAAUUCAGUACCGACGACGUCACCGCGCCCGUUGGUUUGAUCCCAGCAGAAAUAAAACAUACGGCCGAACAAGAGAAGUGGAUAGGAAUGCGUGUCGACCUGUGGAACGAAGGAGGAGACGAAGGAGGUUUGCUGGUCAAGGUUCAGUACUGGUGGCGUUUAGAAGAGAUAGCAGACACUGAGCGGGUGAUGGACGAUGCGAAGGGGCCUGGUUGGAGGCAAUGUUUGCACGAUAUCAUGUAUCUGGGCCCGAAGGAUGGAACAGAGGGACAUCAUGGGCAAGAGGUAUUGGAGUGACACAUCGACGUAAGAUAUCUCUAUGAGACUUGCUGCAAAGUCUAUUCAUAGAGUUCGAGUAGCUCCAGCUUUCCUUUGCCUUAUUCCCGGAGUUUGCGUUCUUGAACUAAAAGGAGACUGGGAUGUGUUGCUGGAAUAUGGCGGGGUAUGUGUCGGCUACACCUGCCCACGCAACAC